UCUUCUACAUCGCACAGCGCACUUCCUCCCAAUCCAUCAUCUUCCGACCUAACCAAUCUAGGCAGCUAUCACCAAUCCAGGCGUAGAGAAUGUCUGGAUUUUCAUCCUCAACCGGGUUCGAGCAACUCCCACCGCUAAUCAGCUGCCCUGAGUGCGGCGGCCGCGUCUUCACCUGGAUUGCUCGGGCGGGUCAGAAUGCGGGCGUUCGUUUCUACAAGUGCGUCAACAAGGACGCUGGCAUCUGCAACUACAUGAGAACCAAGGCGGAGUACCUAGCCGAGCUUAGCUACCAUAUGGCGACCACACAGCAGCCAUUGCAGGGGAGCAGCCAGUCGGGAGCUUGUCUGAACCGCAGAGCUCGAGUUGUCGAGCAGCAGCGCAGUGGUCCAGUCGGUCCCCAAGCUUCCAGAGCCCAACCACGGCUUAAUCAAGCAGGCUCAUCCGCGCCGCUCUUCGUGUUCUUGUGUUUUUAGAAGCAGGCAUUCUGUUAGUGCUUCUGCUUAUCCUGUUGGCGUUGGUCAAAGUUGUAUCACUCCUUAGCAGGUAGUCAGUGGUCUUGUUGACACAGUACAAGGAAUUUCUAGAACGCGCGUUUGUUUCUUUUCUAAUUGCAGUGGUCGUUUGUGAGGUGUGGCAGUGUUUUGAUUUGUAAGCCUGUUUGCUAAGAAAUAUGUCACUAUUAAUGAAGUUA